GCGAGCGGAGCCUGAGGGACGCGCUAAAUGGAUGGAUGCGCUUCACAUGAUCCAUUCUUCUUGGUGCAUUCGCGUUCAUUAAUCAUACGCGGCGCAAACCGAGCGCAGGGUGCGCCAGGGGCGCGUGAGGAGACGCCAAGCGCAGCCCGUUCCUAACUGAUGUCGCGUGUCAGGUAGCGAGGAGGGGCUGCGCGUCUACCUCCGAGGCACGCGCACUUCCUGCGUGGUGCCACGGCACUAUAUAAAGUCGCCAGGCAGGACUUCUCCUGAAGUUCUCACAACGUUUGCAAAGCGCAGUUCUCCCCUCAGCAGCCGCAGCCGCAGCCGCGCAGCCCUCCCUCUCUCCGAUUCAUUAGCGAAGAUCUGGAGGUGAUUCUACCUCAGCGACGCACUGCUGCGCAACAAAAGAACUCCAGGAGCGGGAUAUCCAGUCUGCAGACUCCCGAGCCCGAACAUGACGCCUCAGCUGUUCCUAGACCUCAUACUGGUGUGCAUAUCUUGCGGAGCAAGUGCACUGGCAGCGAAUCCGCCCGCGGCGUCCGCGUCCCCGCAAGGCGCCAAUUUCACCAGCCUUGGCGCAGCGCAAAGCUCCGGCACGGACCCCGCCGCUGUCUCCAAGAGCCGGAGGAAGCGUUACAUCAGUCAGAACGACAUGAUCGCCAUCCUUGAUUACCACAACAAAGUGCGGGGGAAGGUGUUUCCGCCGGCGUCCAACAUGGAAUACAUGGUGUGGGACGACACUCUGGCCAAGACGGCCGAGGACUGGGCUCACGCCUGCCUGUGGGAGCACGGGCCGCCUCACCUCCUCAGGUUCCUGGGUCAGAACCUCUCCGUCAGGACAGGGCGGUACCGAUCCAUUCUCCAGCUGGUCAAACCCUGGUACGACGAGGUCAAAGACUACUCGUUCCCAUACCCCCGUGACUGCAACCCGCGCUGCCCCCUCCGAUGCUACGGACCCAUGUGCACUCAUUACACGCAGAUGGUCUGGGCCACGUCCAACAAAGUCGGCUGCGCCGUCCACACGUGCCACAAUAUGAACGUAUGGGGCUCGGUGUGGAAACGCGCCACGUACUUAGUGUGCAACUACUCGCCCAAGGGCAACUGGAUCGGAGAGGCUCCCUACAAAGUCGGCGUCCCCUGCUCCGCCUGCCCCCCGAGCUACGGCGGCUCCUGCAGCAACAACAUGUGCUUCCCCGCUCUCAAGACGAACUACCUGCACUGGUUCAAAUAAACACAGGUUUCCUGUCAACAUACAGCACCACAGAGACAUUAUCAUUGACGUCCUGUAAGGAUUUGCACAACAGUUGUGGACCACACUAUUUUGUAUAUAUGGGCUUAUUUAAAGACACGCAUACAAUUUCAAGGCAGCAGACGAUUUAGUGCUGAUGACGUGUAAAUACUCUGUAAUUGAAUUUGUUACUUUUUAACCAGUAUUACUGGUAACUGGUGGCUAUUAUUGUAAUUUAUAUGUCAAAUGGGUCCUUAAACUCAGCGGGGCUGCAUACCUGUUGUUUUCACUAGAUUGGUUUACCGUUGACAAUGUGGUAUUUAAGGACACACGGUGAUACCAUCAUAGCUGCUCAUUCCUACUCACUUUGGUGCUAUUGGCAUCACACCCUCAUGUGGUGUGUGAGCCUUCACAAGAAUGUUGAGAUACGAAGAUCAAAGCGUUUGACCUCGGCUUAGAAGCUGCUCUGAACCACACGGUGAGUUGCACACGGACGCGGUCCCACGGGGGAUUUUCAUUCGGAGCAGAUUCUCAAAACAGUUGUUGACCAAAGUGCACUUACUGUAAACAUCUGUCAGACUCAGACAUUGGUGUCUUUAUUUACGUGGUGCAUUUGCAGGUUUACUGCACUUAUGCCAGGUUUCAUUCAUAUAAUAUUUAUGCUAGAGUUAAAACUUACCCACAUAUUCAUUUCAUAACCACAUGUCAGUAUAUUGGUUCAGUAUAUACCAAUAUAUACAAAUGUCUUGGUGUAAUGGACUAAUGCAGUGUUUACUAUGUUUACUAUGUAGCAGUUUGUACGCACCUUAAUUGUUUGUAAAUUUCCAAAAAUACAAGGAAAUGUUUUUGUACAUGUAGAUAACUAUUAUACCUGGACUAUCUUAAACUUCAAGUAUUCCAUAAGUUAUUCAUGUGUUUUUUUUAUAGGACUGUAUCUAUAUCCAUUGAUUUACAUGUACUGAAUAAGACAGAUACAAUAUGUAAAUGAACAUUAUGGCAAAUAGUAGCAUUUAAAAAAAUGGUUUCACAUUGUUAUUCAGUUGAAUAAGUUGAAUUUGAUUAGACUUUACAAAAUAGGAACAUUUUCAGCACUGACUGUAUUUAAAUCAACUGCCACAAUAUAUUUAUGCAGAACUGUGUUUUCCUGAUGUUUUGUAUUUGUAAUA